AUGUACACGGUCAUCAUGAUUCUUCGUCGGGUCCGCGGAUUGGGACCGAGUUUGAUGAAGAGGAUCCCAUCACCGAACCCAAUUGUCUUGUCAAAUAAAGAGAAUGUGGACAAAGGAUAUAUGGAUCCAAAAGUAAUUACUUUGACCAAACAUGGCAUUCUGAGUAUGAGAGGAUAUGAAAGAUCCGAAAUGAGGGACCGGGCCACCCUGGUCCUCGGCCCACAGGAACAGGGUCGAGCAAGAGGACUUCACAGUGGCUGUGUCACCCCAGAUAAACUAGGCUUGUUUGUGAGAGCCAUGUCUGACAUCAGUAGUGAAACCAAGACAUCUGUUCGAGAGAGGUUCUAUCACCUUCCAUCAAGUCCGGGAUUGGGCUUCCCCACCUCCUUUCAUGGGGCUUCAAGUGCUCAAGAGGUUGUGUCUGACUCGAGCAACAGGAGGAGGGAAGGAUUCUCUACAAAUACCUUAGUGGGAGAAGAGACAGGGAUGGACAUAGGAACCCAGUUCCUGCUUUGCCAGCUCCAAGUUCAUGUAACAUCCCCGAAAGAAGGGAUGCAUACGGCCAAUGACAACGGGGAAAUUCAAACUGCAAAACCGAAGGAUCUCUUUCGUCUUGAUUAUGCAGACCUCCUCAAUGUUGGAAGCGUGGCAAUAUCCUCAAGUGGAAGAGAAAUGGAAGGGUCAAGUGGAGGGAAUGAGAGAGGCGAAGGAGGAAUAUCUUGCUUAAGUUCGUUGACAGGACCAGGUGGAAUGCGCAGUGUAUCUGUGUCCACACCGACUCCUCCAUCGGUGAUAACCACGCCGACAACAACAGGAGGAACGGGAUCGAGUGCAGCCGCCGCAGCCGCAGCCGCGGCCGCGGCUGCACAAUCCCAUCACCUUCUAGCUGCUUACCAACAGCGCUUCGAGUACAUGCAAGUGUUUUCUUCUCAGGCCUGUGGAGGGGAUUUCAAGGGAGACAACCUCCAAGCGGCAGCAGCGGCGGCAGCAGCUGCUGCCUGGCCUUAUGCCGCUUCCAUGUAUUAUCCCUAUGAUCCCAGUUUGGGUGCAUAUCCUUUCAACGGACUCGGUCUGGGACUCAUCUCGUGUCAUGUCAUGUCAUCUAAUAGGUACGGAGUGGAUUUCAACGGAGCGAGACGAAAAAACGCGACUCGGGAAACCACAAGCACACUUAAGGCGUGGCUGCACGAGCACAAGAAGAACCCCUACCCAACCAAGGGUGAGAAGAUAAUGUUAGCAAUCAUAACGAAGAUGACGUUGACGCAAGUGAGCACGUGGUUCGCAAACGCGCGGCGUCGCCUCAAGAAGGAAAAUAAGAUGACCUGGGAGCCCAAGAACCGGGUCGACGUGGAUGAUGACGUCGAUGACGACGCGGAUUCGAGAACUGGAGAUCGUCACGACGAGAAAGGAGGACGAGGAGAUCGAGAUCAAGACGGGGGAGGAAGUAGUGACAACAUGAGUGCAUUGUCGGAUGUGGACGGCGAUUCGUCGUCCACACCGCGGCUCUCUCCAUCGAAACCAAAGAUCUGGUCAAUUGUGGACACGGCGUGCAGCCGGGCGAAUGCCAAUGUCAGACCAGCAGGCACUCAUCCUCAGCUUCAUAUUCCUCCAUCGUCACCGGGCUACUUCCCGGGUGCGGCAGUGCCAGUGUCACGGUUGAGACCGGGGGAAUCCGCAGGUAUCACGACAACCGUCUCUUCGGGGAUGUCUUUGUCUGCAUUUUCACCAUUGCACCCUGCAGCGGCUGCUGCGGCGGCGGCUGCAGCAGCAGCAGCAGCAGGUCUCCCUCACGGCCUCACCCUCUCUCCUUCAACCGUUCCACCUCAUCAUUUUCAUCCUCAUCGAUUGAACGGGAUGCCUCCAACGACGGCUUCGGCAUUGACCACCCACCCUUCUCCCUGUGAGAAUCUAGAUCUCAAGUGACCUCCUCAUGUGAAGAACAACAAUGAUCCUGAUUGCUUCCUCUUACCAAAGAUUCGGUCACCUCCCCCCACCCGUCGGAUACGCUUAUGUGCCCCUUGAUUUCCUUCUGCUCUCCUCUCCUCUCCUCUCCUCCACUCACGUGAAUAAGGAUAUUUUUCACCGCAUAAAUAUUAAAAACCAAAGGCAUCGAUUCAUAAUGACGACAGGGCUGCAAGUAGAGAUUCCGAUAGUCGUUAGAGGAGAGGGGAAGAGAGAGAGGGAGCAAAAACGCAUGAUAGUGUAUGUAUGCAAGUGAGUGUGAUGGUUGGAUGUGGGCGGGCGGGAGCGUGGGUGUGCGGAUAUGUGCUUUGAAAACUUGAUGUGAA